CAGAGGAGUGUGUGCUGAUUAGGUAAGGAGAUGUCAUGGUCUUCUUCAGUCGAUGUAGGAAGAUAGCGGCUAUGAUUGCCUGAAAAAGCCAAUCCCUGUAGGACAAGCAUGGCUUUCGCCCAGUCACACAUUAUGGCAGCUAGAAGACAUCAGCACAGUAGACUCAUAAUUGAAGUGGAUGAGUACAGCUCCAACCCCACACAGGCUUUCACAUUCUACAACAUUAACCAGGGUCGUUUUCAGCCCCCACAUGUGCAAAUGGUUGAUCCAGUGCCCCAUGAUGCUCCCAAACCUCCAGGAUAUACAAGAUUUGUCUGUAUUUCUGAUACUCACUCAAGAACUGAUCCCAUCCAAAUGCCAUAUGGAGAUGUGUUAAUACAUGCUGGUGACUUUACUGAGCUGGGACUUCCUAGUGAAGUAAAAAAAUUCAAUGAGUGGCUAGGUAGCCUGCCCUAUGAAUACAAGAUUGUGAUUGCGGGAAAUCAUGAAUUGACCUUUGACCAGGAAUUCAUGGCUGACUUAAUCAAGCAGGACUUUUACUAUUUCCCUUCUGUCUCUAAGCUGAAGCCAGAGAGCUAUGAAAACGUACAAUCUCUUCUAACAAACUGCAUCUACCUUCAAGACUCUGAAGUGACGGUGAGGGGAUUCAGAAUAUAUGGCUCCCCUUGGCAACCUUGGUUUUAUGGCUGGGGCUUUAAUCUUCCACGAGGCCAAGCACUAUUAGAGAAAUGGAACCUUAUUCCAGAUGGAAUAGAUAUUCUUAUAACACAUGGACCACCUCUCGGUUUUCUAGAUUGGGUUCCUAAGAAAAUGCAACGGGUAGGAUGUGUUGAGCUGCUGAACACAGUCCAGAGACGAAUACAGCCAAGGCUUCAUGUUUUUGGACAUAUCCAUGAAGGUUAUGGUGUCAUGGCUGAUGGAACUACUACCUAUGUGAAUGCAUCUGUGUGCACUGUGAAUUACCAGCCUCUUAAUCCACCUAUAGUUAUUGACUUGCCUACUCCAAGGAACACAUGA